GAGACUUGGCUUAUGAUGUGGAGGACAUCCUGGACGACUUGGCCACUCAAGCUUUGGGGCAGCAGUUGAUGGCGGAAACUCAACCCAGCACUAGUAAGAGUCUUAUCCCUUCUUGUCGUACUAGUUUCACUCCAAGUGCUAUUAAGUUCAAUGAUGAGAUGAGGUCCAAGAUAGAGAAUAUCACUGCCAGGUUGGAACAUAUUUCUUCACGGAAAAAUGAUCUCCUUUCAACAGAAAAAAAUUCUGGGAAAAGGUCCGCCAAACCAAGAGAAAUACUACCCACCACUUCUUUGGUGGAUGAACCUAUUGUUUAUGGAAGGGAAACAGAGAAAGCAGCCAUAGUCGACUCCUUGCUCCAUUAUCAUGUGCCAAGUGACGAUUCAGUCCGUGUCAUUGCCAUAACUGGCAUGGGAGGCGUGGGCAAAACUACUCUUGCUCAGUUUGCCUACAACCAUUAUAAAGUGAAGAGUCAUUUUGAUCUAAGAGCUUGGGUUUGUGUCUCUGAUUAUUUUGAUGUCGUGGGGGUAACCAGGACAAUUCUUCAGUCUGUUGCUCCUGAUAUGUCCGAUGUCAACGAUCUCAACGGUCUCAACCAGCUUCAAGUCAAACUGAAUGAUAAACUCUCUGGAAAAAAGUUUCUUCUUGUUUUUGACGACGUUUGGAGUCAGGAUUGUAAUAAAUGGAACCUUUUAUACAAGCCAAUGAGAACUGGAGCAAAAGGCAGCAGGGUUAUUGUCACCACUCGUGAUCAAAGGGUUGUACCAGCCGUCCGAGCCAGCUCAGCUUAUCCCCUCGAGGGGUUAUCAAAUGACGAUUGCUUAUCUUUGUUUGCCCAGCAUGCAUUUAUACAUCCCAGAAACUUUGAUAAUCAUCCACACUUGAGAGCUGUCGGCGAACGAAUUGUGAAAAAGUGCAGGGGACUACCUUUGGCUGCAAAGGCCUUAGGAGGAAUGUUGCGCACAGAACUAAAUCAUGAUGCAUGGGAGGAAAUACUCGAAAGCAAGAUAUGGGAGUUACCAAAAGAGAAUAACAGUAUUCUUCCAGCUCUCAAAUUGAGUUAUCAUCAUCUUCCUUCUCAUUUGAAGCGCUGCUUCGCUUACUGCUCUAUAUUUCCAAAGGACUACGAAUUCAAUGUGGAUGAAUUAGUCUAGCUGUGGAUGGGAGAGGGAUUCCUUCACCAACUGAACAGAAAGAAGCAGAUGGAGGAGAUAGGCACCGCGUACUUUCAUGAAUUAUUAGCAAGGUCUUUUUUCCAACAAUCAAAUCAUCAUUCAUCACAAUUUGUGAUGCAUGAUCUUAUUCAUGAUCUUGCUCAAUUGGUUGCUGGAGACGUAUGUUUCAAUUUGGAGGACAAAUUGGAAAACGAUGACCAACAUGCUAUUUCUACAAGAGCUCGUCAUUCAUGUUUCACUCGGCAAGUUUACGAGGUUGUUGGAAAAUUUGAAGCCUUUGACAAAGCGAAGAAUCUACGCAUGUUAAUAGCAGUACCAAUCACGACGCCUCAAGAUUCAUUUACUUUGUCCGGAAAAAUAUCUAACCAGGUGUUACAUAAGCUAACAAUGCCAAUGAGAUACUUGCGGGUACUAUCUUUGACUUUUUAUGCGAUAAAAGAGCUACCAAGUUCGAUUGGUGAGUUAAUACAUCUGCGUUAUCUCAAUUUUUCCGAAUCUACAAUACAAAGUCUACCUAAUUCAGUGGGCCAUUUUCAUAAUUUACAAACGUUGAUAUUACGUGGUUGUUAUGAACUUACCGAAUUGCCUAUAGGGAUUGGAAACCUGAAAAACCUUCGGCACCUUGAUAUUACGGGUACACAUCAAUUACAAGAAAUGCCUUUCCAAUUAAGCAACCUCACAAAUUUGCAAGUGUUGACUAGGUUCAUUGUGAGCAAAAGUAGAGGGGUCGGAAUUGAAGAACUCAAGAAUUGUUCGAACCUCCAAGGAGUGCUUUCUAUUUCUGGGUUGCAAGAGGUAGUGGAUGUUGGAGAUGCAAGAGCUGCUAAUUUAAAAGAUAAAAAAAAA